CCUCGACUCCUUGAAGUGCUAUCUACAAUUCUGCCUCUUUUUCGGGUUUUUUUUUGGGCGGCUUCCUUAGCUUAUUGAAGCUCGAAGCUCGAAGCUCGAAUCUGCUUAAAGAAUCAAGAUGUAGCUAUGUCUCAACCAGCCAAAGGCAAAUCAACAGCACGCAAUCCCCCACCUUCACUCUUCCUGCACCCGUCGCCCGGCGCCUCCCAUGCCUCCCUCCCAGGCCUUCUCGGCACCCCGCCGACCUCCCACCCACAAGGUCCGGGACAACAAGCUGCAGCAGGACCGUCCCUGCAACGCAGCACCUCCUACCUCGCUGGCCGCGAUGCAGCGACGUUGACAUCGCCUAUAGAGCCCCUCCAGCCCGCCAGCAACAACCACCGCCGGCCCAAGUUCUCGCCGGGCGCCGCCGCACCCGGUCUCGGCCACCCGCUGCAGCUGUACAGGAGCGAGUCCACACGCGCGACCGAUAGGACGGACGCGCUGUGGGCGGAGAUGCAGGCGACGCUGGAGGAGGUGGAGCUGUCUGCGUCCGGGGGCACGCGGGUCUUCGGGCCGGAUCACGACCGGAAGCUGGGCGCGCUGCGCAUGGCCCAGAUCGCGCUCGCGCAGGCCUGGGCGCGGAGCGAGGCGGACGAGGCCAUCGAGACGAGGGGGGGCGGGAGUGCUGCCGGGAAUGCGAAGGCGUCGACGGCCGGGGCCGCCGAGUCCGGGGCCGAUGGGGGGAAGACUGACGGUGCCGCCGGGGUUGCUGAGGGCACCGCGAGGAGCACGGCAGGUACGGGGAGCGCGAGGCCCGCGAGCAGCGGGACGGGGGCUGGGGGACAGGCGAAGCUGGGCGCGAAGCUCGAGGAGGAGACGGACGCGGAUAUCCUUCUAGCGAGGAAGAGGAGGGAGGCGAACGAUCGGUAUUUCCAGCGGGUUAAUCAAGGCGUCCUUGAUGUGGUUGCGAAACUCGAGGAAGUGGCCGUGGCCAUGCGAGACGUUGAACAAGAAAGCAAGGAUAUCUGGGUUGAUGACAGUGUUCCUGGAAGCGCAAAGUCAUGACUGCCAUAUUCACAUUCCUGGCUAUGGCUGUGGCGUUUGGUCUUUACAGGGAGCAUAGGAGGGCGUUUCUAUUCCUAACUGGGUUACCUAUAAGUUGCACCUGAGUCCAGGGAGACAAGUGAGACAAAUGGUGACUCCUAUGGGUUUACCUGCCCACUCAUGCCACGGGCCUCGAUGCUUUACAGAUACUAAGGACCUAGAUAGUGCGCAUGCGUUGUAUUCCUCUUGCGGUUACACUGUUACUUUCUUUCGACAGAGUGUAAGUUGUAAUAACGGUCGCCACUGCCGGAUUAGCUAGGCAAGUUAAAAAGCGG